AUGCUGGACUAUUCCUUUUUUUUCUCACUCCUUCCUGAGCUUUACUUGGGCGUGGUUCUUUCUGGAGUUGUCAUCAUCACAGGAUUGUUUUCCUACUACCAAGAAGCCAAGAGUUCCAGGAUUAUGGAUUCCUUCAAGAACAUCUUACCACAGUAUGCAACAGUGUUCCGCCAGGGACAGAAGAUGACUGUGAGAGCAGACGACCUGGUCCUGGGCGACAUCGUAGAGGUCAAGUACGGGGAUCGUGUGCCAGCUGACCUGAGGAUCAUCCACGCGGACGGAUUCAAGGUCGACAACUCGUCCUUGACCGGCGAGUCCGAGCCACAGUCCCGCUCGGCCCACUCGUCGCACCCCAGCCCCCUGGAGACAAGCAACCUCGUUUUCUUCUCGACCUUCGCUGUUCAAGGAACUUGCAAGGGCCUGGUGGUUCAAGUCGGCGACGAAACCUUCAUGGGUCAGAUCGCUGGCUUGACCACCGCACUGAAGACUGGACCGACUCCCAUUGCCGUGGAGCUUGAUCACUUCAUUUUCAUCAUCACUGCUGUUGCCGUCAUGUUUGGAGUCUUGUUCUUCAUCAUUGCUAUCAUUUUGGGUUACAAUUGGCUGGAUGCUGUCAUUUUCCUCAUCGGAAUAAUAGUUGCGAAUGUGCCUGAGGGCAUAUUGCCAACCGUCACGGUGUGCUUAGCAUUGACUGCAAAGCGAAUGGCAUCCAAGAACUGUCUGGUGAAGAACCUGGAAGCCGUGGAGACUCUCGGGUCCACGUCGACCAUUUGCUCAGACAAAACCGGCACCCUGACCCAAAACAAGAUGACUGUGGCCCACUUUUGGAUAGACAACCACAUCGUGGCUGCUGACACCACGGAGGACCACUCCGGCAAUCAAUUCGACAUGGAAAAUUCUGGCUGGCUUGCCUUAUCCCGAGCUGCGGCCCUUUGCAACAGGGCCGAGUUCAGGCCACAGAGUCGACCCAGGGCCUCAGUGCAUCAGAUUGAAGUGGAUGGAGACGCCUCAGAAGCGGCGAUUCUCAAGUUCACCGAAAUCACGAUGGGCGACGUGGCGGGCUACAGGAAAAAACACAAGAAAGUUUGCGAGAUUCCCUUCAACUCCACCAUCAAAUACCAACUCAGCAUUCAUGAAAGCCUGGAUGAUAAGGACCAAUUCGGCCAUGUGCUCGUCAUGAAGGGGGCACCCGAGAAAAUUCUGCAGCUCUGCAAAACCAUCUUCAUCAAUGGAAAGGAAGUCGAAAUCACCGACGAGAUCAGGGAUGACUUUGAAAACGCGUAUUUGGAGCUGGGGUCACUCGGGGAACGAGUGUGCUUAGCAUUGACUGCAAAGCGAAUGGCAUCCAAGAACUGUCUGGUGAAGAACCUGGAAGCCGUGGAGACUCUCGGGUCCACGUCGACCAUUUGCUCAGACAAAACCGGCACCCUGACCCAAAACAAGAUGACUGUGGCCCACUUUUGGAUAGACAACCACAUCGUGGCUGCUGACACCACGGAGGACCACUCCGGCAAUCAAUUCGACAUGGAAAAUUCUGGCUGGCUUGCCUUAUCCCGAGCUGCGGCCCUUUGCAACAGGGCCGAGUUCAGGCCACAGAGUCGACCCAGGGCCUCAGUGCAUCAGAUUGAAGUGGAUGGAGACGCCUCAGAAGCGGCGAUUCUCAAGUUCACCGAAAUCACGAUGGGCGACGUGGCGGGCUACAGGAAAAAACACAAGAAAGUUUGCGAGAUCCCCUUUAACUCCACCAUCAAAUACCAACUCAGCAUUCAUGAAAGCCUGGACGAAAAGGACCAAUUCGGCCAUGUGCUCGUUAUGAAGGGGGCCCCCGAGAAAAUCCUGCAGCUCUGCAAAACCAUCUUCAUCAAUGGAAAGGAAGUCGAAAUCACCGACGAGAUCAGGGAUGACUUUGAAAACGCGUAUUUGGAGCUGGGGUCCCUCGGGGAACGAGUCUUGGGGUUCUGUGACUUCAAGCUUCCCGUGGACCAGUACCCAAAGGGGUACGAAUUCGACACGGAGGCCAUGAAUUUCCCCAGCGACGGAUUCCGUUUCGUUGGACUCAUGUCCAUGAUUGAUCCCCCGAGGGCAAGUGUCCCUGAUGCUGUGGCCAAAUGCCGAACUGCAGGGAUCAAAAUCAUCAUGGUGACUGGGGAUCAUCCCAUUACUGCAACGGCCAUUGCCAAGGCAGUCGGCAUAAUUUCCCCCGGGAGUCACACCCGAGACGAACUCGCCCAGAAGCUCAAUGUGCCCAUUUCCCAAGUGGACCCGAAGGAGGCCAAGGCCUGUGUUGUUCACGGACAAGAAUUGCGCCAUUUGUCAUCCGAAGAGCUGGAUUUCAUCCUCGAAACUCACUCGGAAAUCGUAUUCGCGAGAACAUCUCCUCAGCAAAAACUCAUCAUUGUAGAGAGCUGCCAGAGACUCGGGGCCAUCGUCGCAGUCACUGGGGAUGGCGUGAACGACUCACCAGCGCUGAAAAAGGCUGACAUCGGGAUUGCAAUGGGGAUUGCGGGUUCAGACGUGGCGAAACAAGCAGCAGACAUGAUUUUGCUGGACGACAACUUCGCGUCCAUCGUCACGGGCAUUGAAGAGGGUCGUGUCAUUUUUGACAAUUUCAAAAAGUCCAUCGCCUACACGCUGCGUUCGAACGUGCCGGAGUUGUGUCCUUUCUUGCUGUUCAUCAUCGCGGAUGUGCCAUUGCCUCUGGGCACCAUCGCCAUUUUGUGCAUCGACUUGGGCACCGACAUGGUGCCCGCCAUCUCAUUGGCUUACGAGAAGGCGGAGUCGGACAUCAUGCGACGACCGCCCAGGGAUCCGCACAAGGACAAGCUGGUGAAUGAGAGACUCGUGCUGAUGGCCUACGCUCAGAUCGGAGUCAUCGAAAGCUGCGGCGCAUUCAUGACCUACUUUGUCAUAAUGGCAGAGAACGGGUUCUUGCCCAGCAAACUGCUCGGACUGCGAUCAGCCUGGGACAACAAGGCAGUGAACGACCUGGAAGAUUCCUAUGGCCAGGAAUGGACAUACAAGGACAGGAAGAUACUCGAGUCCACCUGCCACACAGCCUUUUUCGUGUCCAUCGUCGUGACGCAAUGGGCGGAUUUGAUCAUCUCCAAAACGCGGAGGAAUUCCAUCUUGGAGCAAAAAAUGGAGUGA